GUUGUUUUGUUUCGGCUGGGGCUCCACAAACACCAAGCACAACAAGCACAACACCACCACACACCACCACACACACCACCACCACCCCGACCACGAUGUUCAAGAAGAAGCAGACGCUUGUGCGCCGCGGCAACUUUAUGACCGCGCCCGAGGGCGGUUGGUUGCACGAUGAACAAGCACUCGCACACGGCUCUGGCAUCUACUACUCGUUCCCAGUCAAGUAUGUUGGCAGUCUGCAGAUCUUGGAGUCGCUCCGUGCCUUGAGCAUGGAGGACAAGACCAACGUUUGCCGCGAGGCCAUUUACCGCUGCAUCGACUCAUCCAAGGUCAUCAAGCCAAUCAAGCGCAAGAAGAAGAAGUUCAUGAAGCAGUACCUCGCAGAUGCGCCCUACGUGAAGGUGAUGCUGCUGCGCCUCAACGUGUCAACAGAUGGCAUUGCCACAAGCGCCGUCGACACCCCAGACAUCAUCUCCAAUGAUCCCAUCUCCAAGAUCUCCUUUGCUGCCGGCGGCGAUGGAAAAGCGUACAACUUCAUCACAUACGUUGCAAAGGAUCGACGCGACAACCGCUACUGCCACGUGUUUGACUGCGGCCCGCUUGCCGAUGAUCUCCUCGCCACACUCGGCCAAGUCUUCAACAUCCUCAGGAAGAAGCGCGAUGGCGGCACCAUGACUGCGCCUCCGCCACUGCCGGCCAACCACCCAACAGCAAAGAAUGCACACCUAUGCGGUGUUGCUGCGUUGCAGGCUGCACCCAAGAUCGACGAGCCGCAGGACGCGGACAACGUCUACGGCGAAGCGAUGUAUGAGACGAUGGCAACCAACACGGCUGUUGGGGAAGCGUCAUCGUCAAGCAAGUCCGACACCCUCUCCGUCCCCAUUGCUCGCGAAGUCUUCAAAUAUGAGGAUGGUGACGACACGUAUGAAGGGAUGGAGGAAGCAAUGCCGGCACCGACGAAAGCACAGGCCAUGGAGCUGUACGCUGAGAUGUAUGGCGAGGUGCAGUCUGGCGCGCAGUUGGCCGAGUUCCUCAACGACGACACGCGCGUCCACUCCAACUCCCUCUACGGCGAAGUCCCAGAGGACACCGUUUAUGGCGAUGGACAGGUUGGCUGGUCCUAUCUCUCUGUGGCGCCCGAUGACGACACCUACGGCACCCUAGCCGACUACAUUGCAACCUAACUCGCCUUCACAGCAUGCACGCACACACACACACAUACACACACCACGCAUCCAGGGUGGUGUCGUGUCUUGGCUGCACUCCUGUGCGUUCAUUCCAUCCAUCGCCCUUUUCGCACCACUCUUUCCGGCUGUUGCGCGCGCUCAUUGGUCUUCUUCCAUCGCUUCCGUUAUGCCUCCACCCAUUUUUUUCGUUUUUGUCACGAAGCACACAUUCAAGCAGUCAAACGCACCCCUCGACCACGUUUCUGGCUCUAUCACAGGUUCUUCGUCCUCAGUCCUUGCGUGGUUGCCUCUUUCUUGCUUUCUGUGACUCAUGUGUAAGACAUAAACACAGCUCCAAAGAAGGGUUGAAUAAGAGUGACA